AUGCUCUCCGUCUCAGCAGGUUCCGAUGUAGGGACGCGAUUUCAAACCAGGGUCUUCCCCAUUUCCAGAUGUCGAGGCCUCCCUGCGGGCGUACAUGCACAAAAGAUAAAAGCUUGUGUAAGCAAUGGGAGAGCACACAUUUCUAUUCGGUCUGAUGCUUCUGCUCCUGUUAAUGCGGGAGAAAGGGAAAUAAGGCCUUUAGUUAAAAUGUGUGGAAUAACAUCAGCUAGAGACGCUGCUCUUGCUGCAGAAGCUGGUGCUGAUUUCGUUGGAAUGAUUGUUUGGCCAAACUCAAAGCGUUCUGUUUCAGUUUCUGUUGCAAAGGAAAUCUCCAGGAUUGCACGGGAGAAUGGAGCGAAGCCUGUCGGAGUGUUUGUGGACGAUGACGCUGACACUAUCUUGAGGGUUUCUGAAGCUGCAGACCUGGAGUUUGUGCAGCUGCAUGGAAGUCGUUCUCGGGCUGCUUUUCCUAUCGUCAUGAAAGAAAAUCGAGUAAUAUUUGUGCUUCAUGCAAAUGAACAUGGAGCCCUCAUGAAUUCUAUUUCUGAUGAAGAAUGUUCAGCAGUUGAUUGGAUUCUUGUUGACAGCGCCAAAGGUGGAAGUGGUAAGGGUUUUAAUUGGUCCAGGUUCAAGCUGCCUCCGAUUAGAAGUAAACACGGGUGGCUAUUAGCUGGAGGAAUUAAUCCAAACAAUGUAUCCGAGGCACUCUCAACUCUUAAACCACACGGAGUAGAUGUUAGCAGUGGUAUUUGCGCUGCUGAUGGCAUUCAGAAGGAUCAAUCACUGAUAUCGUCUUUCAUGAAUGCCGUUCGUUCCUCCAAAUUUUGA